GUGCCGAGGUCAUGGCGGUACCUUCAGCCCACGAGUUUCACUGGCAGAGUCUGGCUCGGCUGGCCAGCGGUCGGGUCUACCACUCCCUGUGUGAGGUGGGGGGGCAGAUGUACAUGCUGGGGGGCUGCGACGCCGUGGGGAGGCCCUGUCCUGCCCUGGAGCUCUACUCCCCCGAGGGGGAUCGCUGGAUGAGUCUGCCCCAGAUGCCCACCCCUCGAGCUGGGGCCGCUGUGGCAGUGCUGGGGAAACAAAUCCUGGUGGUGGGAGGAGUGGGAGAGGACCAGAGCCCCCUGAAGGUGGUGGAGAUGUACAACACAGAGGAGGGGAAGUGGAGGAAGAGGAGCACGCUGCGAGAGGCCUUGAUGGGUGUGUCCAUCACGGUGAAAGACGGCCGUGCUCUGGCGUUGGGGGGGAUGGGUGCUGACCUGCUCCCUCGCAGCAUCCUGCAGCAGUACGACCUCAGAAAGGAUGUGUGGGCGCUACUUCCUCCCAUGCCGACCCCGCGCUACGAUGCUAACACACACCUGCUGGCCAACAAGCUCUACGUGGCAGGCGGUCGCCAGUGCAAGCGACCGGUGAAGGCCUUCGAGGUGUUUGACGCAGAGACGCGCUCUUGGACUACGCUACCCAGCAUGCCGUGUAAACGUUCGUACGGGGGCGUGGUAUGGGACCUAAACGGGAGGUUGUGUCUGCUUGGAGGGCUGCGACAGGGAGGACACCAGAGCUCCAAGUUCACCAAGAACGUCAACAUGUUUGACACCAACCAAGGCUGCUGGUUGAAAUCGGAGGAGACGGUGGCGAUGAAGACUAAGAGAGCCGACUUUGCUGCUGCUUUCCUGCGGGGGCGCAUGGUGGUAGCUGGAGGACUUGGUCACGAGCCCUCGGCGCUGGACACGGUGGAGGCCUUCCACCCUCAGAAGAAGAAGUGGGAGAGGCUGGCUCCCAUGAGCUCCCCCCGAUGCUCCACCUCCUCCAUUGUCAUCAGAGACCGCCUGCUGGUGGUGGGAGGGGUCAACCAGGUUCCCAGCUCAGCCCAUGAGAUCCUGUAUGUGAAAGAGGAAGAGUAUCUGUAGCCUGUAGUAAGGGACACCAGCCAUCAGCCUGUAGUUGCUCACACAGAGAGAGAUGGAGGGAGUGGCAGUAUUGUAAGAGGCGAUACCGCCCCCUGCUGGCCUGCACUGACCCUGCUGGAAUCAAACACAUGCACACCGGAGGAGCUGGCUCUUUCCUCAAACCGAGUUGUUUCCGCACACUUUCAGAGUGUGACACUGCUGCGUUGCAGUGCAAACAUGGGGAGGAAACCAUUUUGUAGCCUGUAGGUCUAAUAUUGUAGACAGGAAAUACACGGAGGACCUAUUUUAUGGCAUAAUAUGCAUUUCAUGUUUGGUUCUGUGAAGGGAUGCACGAUUGUUUCCAGCCAACUGAUACAGAGAACUUUAGUUUUUCACAUCAUAAAAUAACUGCAUGACCUGUAGUGAAGUAAGGGUUGGAGAGGCUAAGAGGAAGUGAGCGAAGACGGAUGAUUGGAUAUUAAAAAGCUCAGACUUUAACAAACAAAUUCAGAGGUUGUUAAUCCCCGAUAACACACCGCUGCUAGGGAAAAUAACUACCGUUGCUAAGGAGGAUCAAGGGAGAGAGGGAAAGAGGCUAAGAGACGGAGCGUUGUUUACUUCCUGUCUCUCUUCUUCUGCGGAUUGAUCUGACUGCACAUACUGUAGUCCCUUGAAGAGGGCGUCCUCCUUAGCAACGGUCUGCCAUCCUUAGCAACGGUCUGCUAGCGGAUAUUAGCAGACCUCUGGAAUGACCAAAUUGACCAAUCAGAUUCAAGUAUUAAGUAUCAAGGCUUGUUAAGACAAUGAAAGCUGUUAGUCUUGUGUUACAGACCUCUCUUUACCAUAAAAAUAUUGCACAAUAACAUUGAUUUUGUAAUAUCUGCCGAUGUGCAUCGUGCAUCCCUCCUUUCGUGUGUUUAUGUUUGACUGCAUUUGUAAAAAGUGUUGAUUUCCACAUUGUAUUUUAAAUAAGUUCAAGGACAUGACUGCAAUAUUUGUACAUAAUUAAAUCACUUCUAGCAGAAACUCUGUACUGUAACAACAUUUGCACUAAAGCAAUUAACACUGAAUGGGACUUUCUAGUGUAAUGUGUUGUAGUGAUUACACAGAGACGCUGUCAUAGCUCUAUUUUACACUGUACCAGUGAACAUAUGAGGGUUCAUCCAUUACAUUUAAGAAACUGUAUUUAAUUACAACAUGCGAUGUGUGUAGGGGGGAGGCAGUACAUGUGAAAAGGCAAAAGUCAAUUAAAUUAAGCAUAUUUUGAUACCGCAUCAGAUGAUAACAUGACAUUAAGAUCACUAUUUUAUUUAGGUUUUCUAAAUGUGUGAGUUUAAAUAUGCAAAUGAAGGAUUAUCUUAUUACAUUUUUGCUAAUUUACUUGCAUUUCUAACAGUAAUCUGAACAUAGGAUGACAUGAAGUUCAAUAUUAGUUCAAUAAGAGUCAAAUGCUUUUUA